AUGCUUAAUACUGGAAACACAAAUAGUCAUAAUAAUAAUUCAAAUGAUUAAUAUAUUGCUCUUAAUCCAUAAAGUUAUGAUUAAUAAAAGAAAAUCAUCUUAUUUGAAUUUGAUUCUGGAAAAUUAGAUAAUACAUUGAUAAUCCUUGUAUCAUUUUUAUAAUAACUGUCUAAUAUCAAAACUAUUCCAAUUAAUGUAUUACAAAAAUGCAAAGGUUAGCUGGAUAAAAUUUAUAAAUUAAUUUAAGAAGUAGAACUUAAAAUAAAUUCUCUUUAACAUAAUUUUUCUCAAGAAUAAACUAUUAUAUCAAAGGAGAACUAUGAUACAGAGUAUACAAAAUAAAGAAAAUAAAUGUUUCACUAAUAACCAUAAAAUGAAGGAGAUUCAAGUGUGAUUUCAAAUUUGGCUUCUUCAAUAUUGAUAAAUUCAGAAGCAGACUUAAAGAAGAUUUAAUAGUAAAAUGUAGUGGAUGCAAAGCCUAAUCAAUCAUAUAUACCUUAAGGUUGUAUCAUAAAUUUUUCAUAUGCUAAGAAUAAUUAAUCAGAUUACUAAUUUAUGUUGUAUUUGCUAAUGGAAUAAAAUCUUAAAGUUAAUAAAUUAUCGCUCUCAUGUCUUGGCAAUGUGAAAAUUAAACGUUCAGAUUUAACUACCUUGUCUAAUAAAAAUAAAUUUGAUUUGUUACUAAAUUAAUAAUUGGAACACAUUUUUUCAAAUAUUAAGCGAAAAGCCUUUAAUAAUGAAUUUAAAGUCCUUAGUUGUUCAAACACUUUUUGCAGUUUUAAGUGCUUUGAAAAUGUACAAGUUAAUAAUACAAACAAAAACCAUGUAUUUUCUUAUUGUCCUCUUUGCGAGGAAUAGUCUGUAGUAUGA